AUCGCGGAGGAGUAAACCUUGUGGUCGGGUGGGGCGGAGCUGAGGUUGAGCUCAAAGUAUCCUGUCUUGACUUACGUGGCAACUGGCGGUGUCCGAACGUCCCAAACGAGAAGAGUACAACAGAGCAGCGAAAGAGGCAUCGCUACCAGCGACCUUGACAUCAACGUUCGAAGAAGACAACUCAGGCGCACUGCAAUGGGAGACUUCGAUGACAGCGUAGCACAGCAUAACGUAGCAUCACCGAGUAAAAGACACCGAGUAAAGGAGAGCACGGGCGAGCACCGCACGGCACGGCAGGUCAGGGCAGGGUAGGGUAAGGGAGAGGAAACGGAGCACACAUGGAUCGACCAUUCGAUAGGCAGAACAUGAGAAGGGAGCCAAACAUGGCUCUGCGGAAACAAUUUCCCAACUCCAGCCUGAGGGACCAAAGAGGUACCUGGGAGAAAGGAGUCCUAGGAAUGUAUCAGUGGCAUCUGGCCUCACACAUGCACACACGCUCAUUCUUUCAACAGCACACACGCACAUCCCCAUUGGGAGUCUCGCGAGACGCUCCCACACCACAGGGAGCAUGGUCUAGAGAUAAAAGUCCAGAAAAACAGCACGGAAGGCAACGUAGAUUCGUCGCACCGAACCCAACAUGAGCUGGACAACAAACGCUUAGUGAACAACCAACUGUUCCC